AUGGCCGACGCGUCACUGAAAGCCAAGCUCCCGCGGAAGAGCGCCUUCUCGUGCGAGGUCUGUCGCAAGCGCAAGGUGGGUUUCCCUCCUGUGAAAUGUAACGGAGCCAGUCCGGCUUGCUCGCGCUGUGCGGUCCGAGGGGAACUCUGUGUUUACAGCCUAGCCCCGACAUUAUCUUAUACGAAGCAGUUGGAAGCCCGGGUCGCACAGUUGGAGAAUGCCUUGUCCCAUGUGCAUGCUCGGCAGCCAUCGGAAACGGAUUCCGGCGAGGGUCCCUCGCCUGCCAAGCGCACGAGGAGCCCGGGCUCUCAGACCCCCCUGAGGGAUAGACGGCAAAGCAGCGAAGAACUUGCGAGGGAUCUCGACGGGCUACAGGUCGAGCAUGAUGGCCGGAUAUCCUUCCAUGGACCGACCAGCUUGUUUCAACUGCCGGGAGGAGUGUUCAGUGAAACAUCAUCAGCAUCUCAGCUUAUCACGCCCAUAGAAGGACGUAAGGAACGCCUGGUCAACAAUGCCUGGCGUCAGAGAGCUUAUGAGCAAAUGGCGGCCAUGCCGGAACCAUACCAAUACCUCCUCGACUCACACUGGUGCUGGAUUCACCCACUCUUCAACUUCGUCUACCGGCCUGCAUUUACGCGAGACUUGAAGAUCAACGGGCCCUACUACUCAGACGCUCUCCUGAACGCGCUUCUCUCCCACUCGGUACGAUGGUGCAAAACCGAGCCUGAAAUCGGGCCCAUCCUCGACUCGUUCGACGGUGGAGCCCAGUUCUCGCAUCGAGCUGUCACGGAGCUGUAUGACUCGCUCAAAGUGGGGCAUGUCGGCAUCCCCACAAUCCAGACUCUACUCCUCCUCAGUGCCCAGGAAUGUGGGCGGGGGAAUAGGACGCAGGCUUGGUUGUACAGUGGGAUGGCGUUUCGGAUGCUGGACGAUUUGGGAGUAUCGAUCGAUAGUCUCAAAUACUCGGACUCGGCGAAGCUCAAUGAUGAAGACAUUGAGAUCCGGAACAGGCUGUUCUGGAGCUGUUACUUCUGGGAUAAGAUGGUCUCCCUUUAUUUUGGGAGAUCGCCUACAAUGCAGAAUUCCAGAGUCAGUCCGCCGCAGACGAUACUGGAUAAUACUGCGGAGAUCGAGAACUGGACGCCGCAUGGCGUCGUCUUCCCGGAUGGUUUCCACUAUCCUCCUACCCAGGCCCAUUCCACAUCCGCUUUUGUGAAGAUGUGUGGGCUUGCAGAGAUCCUGAACGAGAUUCUAAUCCACAUCUACGAUCCGAUCCGACAGGUGUCGGAGAUGGAGUUCUACAGCUGUGUCGAGGAGCAGGCGCAGAACCUGGCCGAAUGGUGGGAAGAGUUACCGGACUUCCUGAAGCUAAUAGUUUCGGAUCUUCCUCCUUACUCGCCUCCAGCGCAUAUCGUCAUACUAAAUUGCCUAUACCACACCAUCAACAUCCUCCUCCACCGCCCGAUCCUCUGCUCAAAGUCUCGCCAAUCAUACGAUAAAAGCCACCUAGUCCAGUGCAUGAUCUCCGCAACCGCCAUCCUAUCUCUCUUCGACCUGUUCUCCAACACCUUUGGCGACGGCCAUGUUGUCUUGUCGCUAGCCUACAGCGUUUACACCGCUGCUUCGAUAUUUCUGCUUGAGAUCCAGGCGCUGAAGUAUGUGGCGCCGGGCACUCUCGAGAAGUUGAAGUUCUGCAUAUACGCCUUGGAGAGGGUUAAGAUUUCGAAUCCGGUAAUGGCGACGGCUUUAGGCCUCAUUUAUCGGGAACUCCAAAAGCUUCGAGUCGAUAUCAACAUCACACUACCUCCGACGCAGUCAACUCAGCCAUUCCAACCCCAAUCGCACUCCCACCAGACCAACACCCCUUCCCCACAACACAACAACAACCACUCCCACCGACCCCACACCCCCCCUAGGCCCAGGCUCCAUAAUCCCCCCCUGGGAGUCCCCCCCGCCGCCUCCCUCCUCCCCGAAUACACACCCUUCCACCCUCCCCCACCACCAGCGCCAACCCCAACCCCAGCCGCAGCCGCCAACUUCGACCCCUCCCACGCCCGCAACCCCCACAUGGCUACAACCCACCUGAUAGGAGGGAUUCCGAGCGCAGUCAUGGCGCUGGAAAGUCCCGGCUCGUAUGAGAUUACGCCAGAGGUGUUUGAGGCGUUCUCGUAUGCGGAGCCUAUUACGACGAAUAUGACGCAGUUUGAGGAGUCGAUGAUGUGA